UAAAUUUUCAUGAUGCCCUAGCAUCGUUUUCUCGGGGAGUGAGGGUUUUAGCUUUCAUGGCGCUUCUCCACAGACUCAAAUGGAAAUGUAGGGUGGGCUCGGUUUCCGACCCGGAGCUGCACCAGCUUUUCCUCCUCCGCCGCCUUUCCUCUUCCUCCUCCGAUCCUAACGACGGCAAUGGUGCGGGAGGAGAAGGUGGUGGGCAGUCGGACAGCUCCACCAAACAACACUCGUCUCAGUUGCCAUCGUCGUCGUCGCUUUUUGACGACGUCAAGUCGCGCCUCCGCCGGCCAUCCCCUCCUCGCGAACCCAUAGCGUCUUCCUCAUCUCCUGUCGAGCCUCCGGAUUUCUUGUUCUCACGGCGGCCUUCCAGGAUCGCCUCUUUGGAUGAGAUCCGCCAGAACCUCGCCGAAUUCCGGCGGCGUUCAGCACCGCCUCCUCCUAAGGGCAAUGCGGGAGACGAGAAGAAGCCGCCUUUGUCAUUCCAGGAGCUUUACAGGAGCAGCGUCAUGGGGAAGAAGGCAGGAGGGGAGGGGCCGGGUGACGAGCAGAAGCCAGCGAGGCUGACGCUCGACGCGAUCCGCGAGAGCCUCCAGCAGAUCCGCAUGUCUGAUAAGGAGCGAGCUAAGGAGGCGCCGGAGCAGCCGCUCUCUCUUCGAGCGUUUAGGGAUAGCUUGAAGCCGCAGGCGGGAGAACAGCCCCUGGGCACGAAAAUGAGGAUUCGGCGGGUGCCGGAGACACUUCCGCCGUCGAUCUUCGGCAAGGAGUUGGGGGAGAAAGCUGCGGCGUCGGAGUCGCGGAGGACGGAGUUCGUCAAGAUGUAUACCUACGGGCAACUGGGGGAGAAGCUGAGGAUGCUCCGGCCAGAGGUGAAAUUGAAGGGUAGGAGUGGGUUCUCGCUUGUCGAGCUCAAUGACAGGCUUAGGAGGUUGAGGGAGAUGGAGGAGAAGGAGACGCAAUCGAGGACUGAUGCGGUGUCCUAUGCUGAUCUACGGGAUAGCUUGUUGCAAUUGCGCACGUCUCAACAUGCCGAAGCAGCGAAGACUUCGAUGCAGAGACUGGCAUUAUUGGGUCAGUUGGGUGGGCAAGUGACUCCUAGCUAUAUGCUUUCACCCCCUAAAGAUGAUCUAGUUGAAAAGUACUUCCAUCCUGAUAACAUGUCUUCAUCGGAGAAGCUCAAGUUGGAGCUUCAGAAGGUCAGGGAAGAGUUUAAAAUGUCUGAAUCAGAUUGUGGAUCUUCACGGGUUCAAGUUGCAGUGCUUACGACAAAGAUUAAGCAUUUAUCAUCCGUUUUGCAUAAAAAGGAUAAACACUCUAGGAAAGGGCUCCAAUCGAUGGUUGGGAGGAGGAAGAAGCUAUUGAGAUACUUACGGAGAACGGACUGGGAAUCAUACUGCCUUUGUCUUUCUAAGCUUGGUUUGAGAGAUAAUCCAGACGUGAGGGCGAACAGGAUUGUGUCAGCAUGAUAAUGCUGCUUGGUUGGGACGGUUCAGAGGGUACCCAGUGUACGAAGACCAUUUCUCCGGUGGUGUAAUAUUUUCCGAUCGUCGGUGUGUUAUGGCUUCUAACGUUUCGAAUAUUUGCAGCACCCUGUAAGGGUGGGGAGUCUUAUAGCUUUGGUUAAAGAAUCGUUGGUUGUUUAAGAUAAGUACAUAGCAAAUCAUAAUUUUGUAUUUCCUGGGCAACACGGUGCCUCUAGUCUGCAAGGCAAUUCUUUGUCUAAGCUCUCUAGGACGAGAAACUAUCCUGUUUUUUAGCAGUCCUGCAUGGUGCUGCAUGAAUGCCUAUGAUCUGUCUAACAUGGAUGAACA